AUGGUGGAACCACGUGGAUCACGAAAAAAUUUCAAGUCCACCGUCCACCUUCCACCGCCAGACGGUACUUUCUCUCUUUUCUUCCCCUCUCGCUUCUCUCUUCUGUAUCUUUUGUAUUUGUUUUGCUGUUCGGCUGCCCGGCUGCUCGGCUGUUCUACUUUGCAGUACACCUGCUCUCUGAUCGUGUGUCGUUUGUCGGGUUACACCUUACACGCUUUCCUGCAGCAGCGCCGCAGUUCACCACUUCUCUCUGCAUUCCCGCCUUUUCGAUCUCUCCCAUAUUCUCUGGCAUUUCCUCUAGCCAGAUUUUUUUUCUAA